CCGGCGCAGAAAAAAGAGUCUGUCGUAAAGAGGCAGUCGGCAAGCAAGCAGUGAUUUGCGGUGCAUCUGAAACAGAGGCAAAGAAGGACUUGGCAUCAGGAGGUUUAUCUUUGAAGCCCGCUGCGAUCACUGCGUUGUAACACCCCGAUAUAUAAGAGAGAAUUGCAGCAUUGAGCUGAUGGAGCUUGUAACGGUGUGGUGUGUGUUGGUGCUCGGGGCUUCUGUCUCCUUGUCAGAGGCCCACAAUGACUUCUAUACCUCGAUCGGCCACAUGACCGAUCUACUGUAUACAGAGAAGGACCUGGUCACGUCUCUCAAGGAUUACAUUAAGGCUGAGGAGAGCAAGCUCGAGCAGAUCAAACAGUGGGCGGAGAAGAUGGACUCUCUGACGGACAUGGCCACCAAGGACCCCGAGGGGUUUCUGGGUCAUCCCGUCAACGCAUUCAAGCUGAUGAAGAGGCUGAACACAGAGUGGGGCGAGCUGGAGAGUCUGGUGCUCAAAGACAUGUCGGACGGUUUCAUCUCUAACCUGACGAUCCAGCGGCAGUACUUCCCCAAUGACGAGGAUCAGACUGGGGCUGCAAAGGCGCUGAUCCGUCUGCAGGACACCUACGACCUGGAUACCAACACCAUCUCUACAGGCAACCUGCCUGGUGUGAAGCACAAGACCACGAUGACAGUGGAGGAUUGCUUCGAGCUGGGGAAGGUCGCCUACUCGGACGCUGACUAUUACCACACGGAGCUGUGGAUGGCCCAGGCCCUGAACCAGCUGGACCAAGGAGAGGAGAGUGUUACCGACAAGGUCAGCAUCCUGGACUACCUCAGCUACUCCAUCUAUCAGCAGGGUGAGCUGGACAAGGCCCUGGAGCUCACCAGGAGACUUCUGAAACUGGACCCAGAGCAUCAGAGAGCGAAUGGCAACCUGAAGUACUUUGAGUACAUGCUGGCCAAGCAAAUGAAGGCAGAGCAGCAGUCCGAGGAGGGGUCUGUGAAGAAGGAGGAGGUGAAGUUGAAGGAGAACAAGAGGAAGAAAGGAACCCCUGAAGAUUACCUGCCAGAGAGACUGAAAUACGAGAAACUGUGCCGAGGAGGGGGGAAGGUGUCUCCUCGAAGACAGAAGAAGCUGUUCUGCCGUUACUUUGACAACAACAGGCACCCACGCUAUAUCCUGGGGCCCGUGAAAGAGGAGGACGAGUGGGACCGGCCCAGGGUUGUGCGUUACCACAACAUCAUUUCAGAUAAGGAAAUCGAGGUGGUCAAGGAGCUGGCCAAGCCCAGGCUAAAGAGAGCCACCAUUUCCAACCCAAUUACAGGAGUGCUGGAGACAGCCCAUUACAGGAUUAGCAAAAGGCGCGCCACCGUGCAUGACCCUCAAACAGGAAAACUGACCACAGCCCAGUACAGAGUCUCCAAGAGUGCCUGGAUAGCAGCAUAUGAGAGCCCAGUGGUGGACCGGAUCAACCAGAGGAUAGAGGACCUCACCGGCCUCGACGUCAACACUGCAGAGGAGUUGCAGGUGGCCAACUAUGGUGUUGGGGGUCAGUACGAACCCCAUUUUGAUUUCGGCAGGAAAGAUGAACCCGAUGCCUUCAAGGAGCUGGGGACAGGAAAUCGAAUCGCCACGUGGCUGAUCUAUAUGAGUGACGUGGCAGCAGGGGGCGCUACAGUCUUCACCGAGGUGGGAGCCUCUGUGUGGCCCAUGAAGGGCUCAGCAGUGUUCUGGUAUAACCUGUUCCCCAGUGGAGAAGGGGAUUACCUCACACGGCAUGCAGCCUGUCCCGUCUUAGUAGGAAAUAAAUGGGUUUCCAAUAAGUGGAUCCACGAGCGAGGCCAGGAGUUCAGGAGGCCGUGUGGAUUGGAUGAGUCAAACUGAUAAUCCAAGUGUAGAAUAACACUCCACAACAAUCCUCGCCCCCCAACCCCCCAACACAAACCCUACAACCCACAAACUGAAGAACAGGACCACAGCUGGGGUCUGAGCAGCAAGGGGUCCAGAGGCACCACCACUGCUAGAGAGGGGGACGGGAACCCUGGACAUAAUUGGAAAGGAGUCCAUUGGACAUUUUCUUCCUGCUGUGUGUUUUUGUUUUAAAGAAAAAAAGUGUGAUCCAUUUUUGUCAUUGGUCACAGUAUUUUGUUUUUACCAGGGUACUUGGUAGUACUGCAUUAAGGAAACUAGCAAACAACUUAGUACAUUGUUUUCUAUCCUGAAUUGUAUAUGUACAUUUUUAAUUUAACCAGGAAAAUCCCAUUGAGAUUAAAAUCUCUUGCAAAGGAGACCUGUUCAAAAAGGAGGCAUGUCAUAUACACCCCCCCCACCCCACCCCCACAAAUUCUAAUGAGCACAACCAAUACAAACAAGUUAAUUGAAUUACAUGAAAACAGAUCUUGGUGGUCAUCUGUAUUUAACACUGUUUUUUUUUUUUUUUUUUGUGAACAAAGAUGGCUAGAGGGAUUUGAAUUGAUUACAAUCUCGUGUAAUUAUGUAAGCCCCCCUCUCUCAAUACAGACUCCAGCGAAAAGGGUGGUUCAUCAUAUCAUCCCUGUGGUUUGUGGGAGCCAGGUUCUAUUUAUCUGUUUUUAAUAGUUCAGUAUAUUUGUUUGUGUAGGAAGUGUGUGGGGAUUUUUUUUUUUGUAUGUGUGUAAUGAAUGUUUUCUACAAAAAAAUAAAUUUUAAUAAGUGUUUUGGGUAACAAAUGCAAA